CACAGAGCAUCAGCAGCAGGACACUGAGCACUGAGCAUCGCACUUUGAAGAAGACCGGGUCAUGGCGGUGUCUCAGGUGUCUCCGGUUCUGUACCUCAGCGGGUUGGACUCGGCCCUGAACGCCGGCGUCCUCUCCAGCAGGAGCAUCACGCUGAUCGUUAACGCCAGCGGCCUGGAGGACGUGUCCUACCCACCGCUGGACGGCCUGAGCGUCCUCCACGUCCCCGUCCAGGACCGUCCUCACGCCCCCCUCAGACGCUACUUUGACCCGGUGGCUGAACGGAUCAACCAGAACCAGACGGGGAGGACUCUGGUCCACUGCACCGCCGGCCGGAGCCGAUCUCCCGCCCUGAUCAUGGCCUACCUGAUGAGGUUUGAGGGUCUCAGUCUGCGGCGGGCUCAUGAAGUGGUUCUGGAUCAGCGUCCGUUCAUCCGGCCCAACGCAGGUUUCUGGCGGCAGCUGAUGGAGUAUGAGCGCUCGCUGUUCGGCAGGAACAGCGUCCGGAUGGCGAGGACGUCCGCCGGCGUUCUGCCUGAAGCUCUGCAGGACGCCGCCGAGGCCGCGUACUGCGUCAACGUCUGACUCAGAGAACCAACACGGUCAUAGGGCCGACUUCUAAAUCAGGUUUUAUCUCAGUUAGAUGUCCCAUCCCUCCCUCCCUCCCUCCCGGCCUGUCUCCA